AUGAUUUUCCAACGAUUUCAUUCGACGAAGCCAACACCACACCAACAAACCAUGAUGGCUCGGGGUCUACCAAAACGAACACCAAUUGAUGGUGUACAGCAUAUUAUCGCAGUAGGGUCAGGCAAAGGUGGUGUUGGUAAAUCAUCUGUGAGUGUCAACUUAGCUCUCGCUCUAUCCCGUCUUUCAUAUCGUGUUGGAAUAUUGGAUGCUGAUAUCUUCGGUCCAUCGAUUCCCACAUUACUUAACCUGCGUGAUCACAAAGCAACAACGUUAACAAAAACAAAUCUCAUCGAACCAUUGAUAAAUUUCAAUCUAAAAUGCAUGUCUAUGCCAUUCUUGACCAAAUCCGAGGGUCCUAUCGUCUGGCGUGGCCUUAUGGUGAUGCAAGCGAUUGAAAAACUUCUUCGACAAGUGGCCUGGUCACCAUUAGAUUACCUAAUUGUUGACUUACCACCGGGCACCGGUGAUAUUCAGUUGUCUUUGGCGCAAUUGACGACACUAGCAGGUGUUAUUAUGGUAACAACUCCUCAAGAACUUUCCGUAAUUGACGUACGAAAAGCAAUUGAGAUGUUUCGUCUUGUUCAAGUGCCUAUUCUUGGCGUCGUGGAAAAUUUUUCCACCUAUUUUUGUCGAAAAUGUGGUCAUGAAGAGAGACUUUUCGGUGAAAACGGUGCGCGCUUGUUGGCAAAUGAAUUUCAGUUGAAAAUAUUGCAAUCAUUACCUAUCGAUAUUUACUUUCGUCAGGCGUGCGAUGAAGGCCGUCCUAUUACUCAAGAAAACGACACAAUUUUAUGGUCAGUAUUCCAUAAUUUAGCAAAUCAAAUUGUGGAACUGUUACCGAUCAAUAAAAUAACAAUACGAGACUGA